UUCUAUGAUGUUGCUUUAGCUGCCUCGACCUAUGAUGUAUGACCUAAUGAUGUGGACUUCACAUGGGAGUGGCCAUUAUCAUCUCAGACACAAAUACCAUAAUAUUGCUAUUAGAAAUAUAGGAAUAUCACUGUGGUUUAUAAGGUGUGUAGACCAGAGGUGCCCAAAUUAUUUUAUAUUAGGGGCCAAAAUGUAUCUGGAUGAUAGGCCACGGGCCAAAAAUAAAUAUUACCAAAAUGUCCUUAGAUCAGUCAACAUGUAGCCUAAACGCUUGUCCUUUAUCUGCAGUAUCCUAUCUAUGUCAUGAGGAACUUUAUUUUGAAAACUCCUGGUUGGCCGGAAAACGGAUGUGUCAUCCAGGGAGCGAGGUUAAAUUAGCUAAGGUUGCAAAUUGAUGUGGUAACUUUAUAUAAAGAAGGGAGGAUGAGCAGCUCAGAGGAGGUGUCCUGGAUAUCCUGGUUUUGUGGACUCCGAGGGAAUGAGUUCUUUUGUGAGGUUGAUGAGGAUUACAUACAGGACAAGUUUAACCUGACAGGUCUGAAUGAGCAGGUGCCUCACUAUCGCCAGGCUUUGGACAUGAUUCUCGACCUCGAGCCAGAUGAGGAACUUGAAGACAACCCCAAUCAGAGUGACUUGAUAGAGCAGGCAGCAGAGAUGCUCUACGGGCUCAUACAUGCACGUUACAUCCUCACAAACCGAGGCAUUGCACAGAUGUUGGAAAAGUAUCAACAAGGGGAUUUUGGCUAUUGCCCCAGAGUCUAUUGUGAGAAUCAGCCAAUGCUUCCUAUUGGUUUGUCAGACAUUCCUGGCGAAGCAAUGGUGAAGCUAUAUUGCCCAAAGUGCAUGGAUGUUUACACCCCUAAAUCCUCCAGACACCACCACACAGAUGGAGCCUAUUUUGGGACAGGGUUCCCCCACAUGCUGUUCAUGGUGCACCCAGAGUAUCGUCCAAAGCGACCAGCCAACCAGUUUGUGCCAAGGCUAUAUGGUUUCAAAAUUCACCCAAUGGCUUAUCAACUCCAACUUCAAGCUGCGUCAAGUUUCAAGAGCCCAGUCAAGACAAUUCGCUAGAACACCGCUUUGACAAACACAGUGGACUUAAAGACUUUGUUGUUUACCAUUUGUUUAAAGGAAUAGAGGAUAUAUUCCCAAUUGAUGCCUGUACAGUUGCCCACCCUCACCUCUGUGUUUAUAGACCCUUUCAGAUUCAGACCUUUUCUUUCAUUUAGUGAAACACUGUUAGUUGAGCUGAUCAGUUUUUUCCAUAUUAAACAUGUAAUUAUUCCCAAAUGGUCAUUCUCCUAAUACAGUCUUAACUUGAAUUGAUUUCAAUGCAUCUUUUCACAUUCAAGGGUUGUUUCUCUGAAACAGAAAAGUGGCUUGAACUCUGUGAUGAUGAAGGCUUCAGUGUGCUUUGUGGCUUAAUAGCAGGUGAUUGAAUGUAACAGAAAAUCUUGCCACCAGCCUGAUACGUUUGCCUUAUCAGCGAUACAGUCAGUCACUAACAGUAAAUUAGUUAACAUUAAAUUGCUUCAAAUCAUUAACUUGUGCUGCAGAACAGAUUUUCGAAUGUGCAUAAGAUUUUAUUCAGUUAAGAUGGAUUUUAUUUGAAAACAGCAAUAUGUGUAAAUGUGAUCAGGUGCUAUAUUUCCAAGAAACAAUCAAUAUCAAAUUAAAGGUAGAACUUAUCUUAAAAAAUGGA